AUGGCAAGCAUCGCAAUGGCUCGAUUGAUUGGAAACGCUGAACAUAUAUCUGAUGCGGCUAAUAACUCGGAAUCGUACCGAGUAUUAAGGGGCCGCGUGAGUGUUUUAAAGAUAGCUCCGGAUGCACGAUUUAUGCCGUACCUAGAGUUAGCCGGAUUUGGGUCAGUAGCAUUGAUCCGGUCAUCCGACUUGCAAUUUGAUUUAUUAUUCGCGCUAGUGGAGCGGUGGCGUCCAGAGACCCAUACUUUCCAUUUUCCGUGCGGGGAGUGCACAGUGACGUUGGAGGACGUUGCAGUGCAGCUUGGGCUCCCAGUUGGUGGGAGUCCCGUUACCGGACUAUCUUCAUUAACCGAUCCGGCUGCAGUUUGCUAUCAACUCCUAGGAGAGUCACCAUGGGACGGUGAUAAAUUUUUCUCCGUCUUAAAAUUUACAUGGUUAAGAGCCAAAAUUUGUCGACUAUCAAUGACCGCCAGUGAAGGUGAGUUGAUGUGCGCUGCUCGAGCGUACAUCAUGCAUAUGAUAGGGGCACUACUCAUGCCUGAUGUAAACGGCGACAGUGUCCAUUUGUCGUACUUGCCUCUGCUUGCUGAUUUGUCCACGGCUAGGUCGUACAGUUGGGGUUCGGCCGUUCUAGCAACGUUGUACAAGGAGCUUUGUCGGGCGGUAGACCCGCAAGUUAAAGACAUUGGCGGAUGCCUGAUACUGCUGCAGUCAUGGGCCCUUUAUCGGAUGCCAUUUUUGGCACGAGUUAGUCACCAACCCUAUCUAUAUCCACUGCCACUCAGGUGGACGACCCGUCCAGGAAUCAGAAAGUCGAGUGAUGUCCCGAUAUACCGCAUGAGGAUUGAACAGCAUGCUCGGGAAGGGUUUAUAUGGAUGCCGUAUCGGAGGCCGGAAAUUGCAAAUGUUGUACCCCCGUUCGCACUCGUUGAUUCCCACACAUGGUGCACAAACACACCAAUUAUAAAUUUCAACAUCAUCGAGUGGUAUCACGGUGAUCGGGUGCUUCGGCAGUUCGGCUGCAUCCAACCUAUCCCGGAUCCACCAUGCCAGUUGCGGGAAGAUCACGGCUUGACAAAGAGAGGAAGGGUUCAAUUGGACUGGGGAAUAUAUCACCGAAAAUACGUCGCACUGUGGUACGAUCGAAUGAGCCGAAUUCCUCAGAUGGUUAUGGCUACCGACCUGCAGCCAUCUCGAGAGUAUACAGAAUGGUACCAUAGUCGCGGGAAGCCGUAUUUACUUGGAGCGCAAUCGACGAUAAUCCCCCCGUACGUUCAGCAAGUUAGGGAAUCGGAAGCAGACAGCACGAUGGAUCCAGAUCCGACGGCAUUUUGUCUUGCAGAACAGGCAGAGCCCGGACAAUCAGAACCAAAUGAGGAAUCACAUGGCUAUCAUCCGGAUUUGUUGGGCGGUGAACAUUAA